UUAAGGUGGCUCAGAAAUAGAAAGGUCCUCUGUGGUCCCCUGGAAUCCCUCGGGCUCCCCUUGACUAGGAACAGGAAACUGACAGCUAAGUAAAGCUAGCUGAACUUCCCCAAUAUCCUGCCCAGGGUGUCCUGACAGUGUCGCCCUCACUGCAUGAAGUUGGGCUCCCUUAAGGAUGCGGGCUGGCCACUGGGCAGGAUCCCGCCCCAUUCCUGGAAUAGCUCUAAAACUUCUCCCCAAAUCAAUAUUUUAGUGAUGGUUAUUUUCUCAGUUCUUCCCUAGCCCUGAGCCACUGAAUGGGUGUUGCCACAAACAAACGGAGUCUUGACGAAACUUUAAUGUCGCUGAUCCUCUUCGAGAAGGAAAGAUCACCACCAACAACAACAGUGUAGCCACUGGUCCAGAUGGCGACCUAUUCUGAUUUGUACCAGACCCCUGCCCAAAGACUGGAUGCUUUUGUGGCUCAGAAGCUCCAGCCAGAUGUGGAGUGGAAGAAGGAGAUCAAGGAUGUCGUUAAGAGGGUGGAGGAGUUCCUGAGGGAACGGUGCUUCCACACACCGAUUUUCCUGGAUCGGGAGGUCAAGGUGAAGAGGGUGGUCAAGGGAGGCUCCUUUGGGAAGGGGACAGCCCUAAACCAUGGCUCUGAUGUGGACCUGGUCAUUUUCCUGAGCUGCUUCUCCAGUUUCCAAGAGCAGAUGAAGCUCCGAGGUGACAUCAUCACCCAUAUGGAGGAGAGGCUCACCAGGUGUCAGAAGAGUCUGGCCUUUGACGUUCAGAGCAUCACUACAGCACGGACAUGGCGUCGCGGGGCGGGUCCUCGAUCUCUGUCCUUCUACAUUCAGGCGAGGAGGAGUAGUAAGCGUAUUAAAGUGAAUGUGCUUCCAGCCUUUGAUGCCAUGGGAAAUCUUGCCCGCAAUGAGAAGCCAUCUCCAGAGGUCUAUGAAAAUCUCAUUAAGAGCCGAAGCAAGCCUGGCGAGUUCUCUUCGUCCCUCUCUGAGUUACAGAGGAAAUUUUUUAAGCACUUACCAGUCAAGGUGAAGAACCUACUUCGGCUGGUGAAACACUGGUACAUUAAGAAAGUGAAAGCUAAGUGCCCUGGAGUCUUUCUGCCCCCCAAAUAUGCCCUGGAGCUACUGACCAUCUAUGCUUGGGAGAUGGGGACUCAAAGAGCCGAGUACUUCAGAACUGAGGAAGGCUUCAUAACUGUGAUGAUGCUGCUCCAGGAUUACGAGAACAUAUGCAUCUAUUGGACCACAAAUUAUAAUUUUGGAAAUGCCAUCGUUCGAGACUUUGUGAAAAACAAACUGAAGAAAAAUAGACCCAUUAUUUUGGAUCCAGCCGACCCUACUAAUAAUGUGGGAGAGGGCAGGAGAUGGGAUGUGUUGGCCCAGGAGGCUGCCCACUGCCUGAAACAGGACUGCUGCUAUGAUGAAAAUGAUGAAGAAAUCCAAAGCUGGGAUGUCCAGGGAGCCAGAAAUGUUAAGGUGAUCCUGAGACAGUCUGGUUGGAAAGAUUGGACGCUCUGGAUGAAUCCCUAUGACCUGAUUAGGAGGAUGAAAGCAAAAAUCAGACAGGAGCUAAAGCUCACAGGUCAGCUACGUCUCUCCUUCCAAGAUCCCAGUGGUGAAAGGCAACUCCUCAGAGGGAGAGAUACAUUAGCCCAAUAUGGGAUCUUCUAUCAAAUUGUUGUCUAUCUACUGGAAACCUUCUGGCCUGAGAUCCAGAUCUUUGUUAAGGGGCCCAACAACCACAGCAAGAUUUAUGCUGUUGACCCUGACGACUACAUCCAGGAUCUGAAGGAGAAGAUUGAAGAGGCAGGGGGGUUUCCAGUAGAGUCCCAACUCCUAGAAUUCCAAGGCCAGAGACUUAGCGAUUAUAAGACUCUCAGAAACUAUGGGAUCCAGGACAGUGACACCAUUGUCAUGAGUAACUGCUGACCUCUGAAGAGCUGAGAAAAGUAAUUGUUUCUCUCAUAUUAAUAAUUCAUUGUUGAAAUCAGGACCAGGAUUUUUUACCUUCUCAUUUAGAAACUAGAAACUUGUAGGUUUUUCAGUUGCUGAAGGAUAUUGUUAAUGGAUGAGCUUGCCCACACCCCCAUCAUACAUGUUUUUUGGUCUUGGAUAGGAGAUUUCAUCCCAUUAGAAAACCUUACAAAGCAUUUACUCUAAGGUGAAUUUUAGCCUGUCUUGUUCCACUCAGGAAAGAGCUGGUGGGGGGUACAUCCUUUGUCUAGAUUAUCUGAAAUUGGGAGUGAUCUGGGAGCAAGAGUGAUCAAAGUCACGUCCUGUAGCCCCUCAUUGGAAUAAGUACAUCUCUCAUUAAUUGUUAACUAAUCAAAAUUUAUUGUUUCCAGUUGGAAACAGCCAUUCUUCCAAAGGUAUAUACAUAAUGAAAGACCUGCAUGAAUAGUCUUUUGGCAUUCAAGAGUGCUACUGACCUCUUUUAUUAAUUAUCCUCAAACAAUAAUUAAUAAAGUAAUUGAUUACCCAGAAACUCUGUCUCAAACUUUUUAUACAUCACAAAACAUUGACUUCUGUGGGAUAUACUUCAGGAGAAGACCUGGACAAGCCCAAAGAAUCUCAGGGAUAGCUAUAGAGAAGGAAACAAGUCAUCUUCUCACUAUUAUUCUAAUAAUAACUAUUAUUAUAUUAUGACAUAUUAUUAAUAAGAGUUAAUAAUAUUCUAAUAAUAUCAGGCAAGAACUUCAUUCAUUUGUGGAAACAUGAAGAAACUUUUAUCGUAUAGUGUGAACCCAAUUCUAUAUGACUGGGAAGUUAGACCACUUCUAUAUAUUGCUUAGGGAGCCUUAAAUAAGGAUUUAGGUUAUGCUGAUCAAAAACCUGGUCAAAUCCAAAGACUGAUGGAAGAAGAUUUUCAUAAUUAUACAUCUCAAGCAACCCAUGUGCCUUAUCUGAAAUUUGAUCCUGCUCUGGUUAAUCAAUUAUUGUUUCCAUGUUCCUUUGAUUGAAUACAUAUAUUUGGGGGGAGUGGGGCAUCUCUUUUUCUGAUUUCGGGAAAUUGUACUUGUUUGCGCUUCCCCUUCCAACUUGGAAAAUCCUCAGUCUUUCCUCCAUUAAAAAUCAGAUUAAC